CUCAGGAGAUGGAGAUGGUUUAUUAUUCUGGUACAAGCUACCAGAUAACCUUUCCGUGGACUUAACUAUAGUUUAAUUUUCCUGAGGAGAAGAUAAAAUGCUAAAGGUCAGAAUUGAUUGACUGCAGGCCGAGGCAUUUGAGGAACAGACUGGCAGAUGGAGUGAACGCCCUGGUUAUAUGUUGACGUACAGUGAGGGCGUGAUCCGCAUAAAUAAUCAGAGCAUCUCGCUCAGGUGACCUUUGCAUAAUCUUUCCAGAGCGCCUCUCUUCCUUUCUCACUGGACGCAUAUGCACCAGGAAAGUGGGAGAACACACACACAUACGUUGCCCGGGUCACGGUAGUGCCAUGACAACCUACUUCUGUAUUAAACAUACUGAUAUGGACUAUGAAGAAAGCAGCCUUCUGCACAUGUCGGCAUAAUUAAGAUCAGCUGUUCAAAUACUGUUGAUAAGCACUUUGGCUUGGUUGGACUCAGUUCAGGACUUCACUGCUGGAGCGUGGCAGCAAGCACGUAGGUUCUGGAAGCACAGAAUGCCACGAUCCAAAGAAAUUUCAGGAGACCUCCGGAAAAAGGUUGUUGAGGCUCAUCAGUCUGGAAAAGGGUAUAAGCUUAUUUCCAAAGCUCUGGGCCUCCCCAAAACCACCAUCAGGGCUAUACUGUGCAAAUGGAAAAGAUUUGGAACAGUUGUAAACCUGCCCAGGAGUGGCCGUCCCCCAAAAAUCUCUCCGAGAGCGAGGCGAGAAAUCAUCCGAGAAGUAAUGAGAAACCCUUGCACAACCUCCAAGGACCUGCAGGCGUCCCUCGCCUCAGCGAACAUCCGCGUUCACGACUCCACCAUUCGCAGGAUACUGGGAAUUCACGGAAGACCGACUUUAAGUAGCUUAGAGGAUGGCAUGGUGUUAAAAGCCUCUUUUGAAGAACAGGGGAGCAUCCCAGAGGCUUCAGGAGGGCUACGCGAGGGUCCGGACGAAUCGAGUCGAAACGUCAAGGCCGAAAAGGACCAGCAUGGCAUUGACGCCAGCAGUGAUCUUGUUGAUGAGGGCGUUAGCACUGUGAAAAAGGAGCAUUUUGGUGACAUUGAAGUAGUUUAUACUGGCGGCAAAGAUGACGACGACUAUGAUAAUAAGGAGCAAUGGCCUUGAUGACUGUGGUGAUGACUACAGGGAUGAUUGUGAUGAUAAACAAUGGAAGUGGCUGCAGUGGUGAUGUUACAAAUAUUUAACAGUUAUACUGAAAAUUGAUAAAGUGAGGCAUAGAAAUGUAAAAAAAUUUUUUUUAAAAGACAUUACCUUUUUCCUCCCUUGGUAGUACAUUACUAGCAAGUAACCGAGAGUGCGUCUAGCUUACAAUGCUUAAGAAGACUGUCAGGAAUUGGCAACACCGGUUAGAUGUGAGGAGAGACAACAUGGAUGCCUUCCUGCUAAUUCGGACAGUCGUAGGGCAGUGAAAAAGUGAACUGAACAUAAAACCUCCCUGUCUUUAUUUGCCCUUACAUAUUUUAGUAUUUUUCUUCACUGCAAAUUACAUUAGUGGUGGCGUAGGUCAUUACCAGUUCACAUAAGAUAGUGUGUAAAUUGGCACCCUUAAAUGUUUUAGUGGUGACUAACUAGCUCUGGGUGUGGUUAGUCUACCAUAGGGCUUCUUCAGUAACUCCUUGAUCUACUCUCAGGAAUAAUGUUUGCAGUCACUUCAGUGUUUCUGCCUGGUUGUCAUAGGAAAAAGACCUCCACAGCUAGCUUGGAACAGACAACAGAUCCCACAUGGCCAGGUUGUACAGCAUCAGCUCCAUCAUGCCAUUCUCCUCCAAAUAGACCAAAAGUUAUGUUUUUCCUUAACAAUGGUGAUGGACCGAUGACUGAUGGUGGCUUUGGAUGCGAUAUGCAGAUACAAAAUUGACAAUUUAAACAUUUUUCGACCAGUUCAUAGCUCAUCAUCAUUUUAUUAUUUGUUUAAAAAGAACAUUGAUCUGAUUCCUGCAUUUCUGUAAAUAGCUCGUGCACAUAUAUUAAGAAAAAAGCGGGAGCAUGUGUGUCCCUUAUUUUUAAGAUCAUGUUUCUUCCUUCUGGGUUUGGUUACAUGGGAAGUGAGGUUAGAUGUGCUUCACUCUGCUUUUAUUUUAGGAAAGCUAACAAAAAUAGCUUUUAAAAACACGGAACAUACUGGGUUGACCCGUGAAGGUUGGUACCUCCUGUUUUUUGCCUAUUUUCUUGUAUCCGUAAUAAAAUGAUAAACCUUGAGGUUGUAAAGUCAGAGUUUUGGUCUAUGGGCAGUAGGUUAAAGGGAGAAGUUUGAGAAGUUUAACAAAGUAAAUAUUGUGUUCAUCUUUCCCUUGAGUAUAUCGGCCUCCAGGUAGAGGAAAAGGAGAUCUUGAGUGACCAAUGCAACUACUUAUGUAGCAAAAGAGCAAAGUAUUGCCUUCCACCCUCUUACGAGCACAGUCAGGGAAUAGACAUGACACAGUAAAAUAAUGUGUAUAAAAUUUUAAAAUGGCACAACACACACUCAUAAAACUUUAGAAAUUAAUACAGAUGUGCGGUGUUGAAAUCUGGAAUGAUGACUUGACUUAAUGCUCCUUUUGAGUAAGGUUUCAGUUUGAGGAUCCACCUUAAGGCACCUGCAGUGAAAUCUGUCACUGGAAUUUUUUGACACUGACUCAGCUUUAGAAAUGUUGCAAAACCUUUUAUCUGUUUUUGACUAAGCAAAUGGGUACAAUUCAAUACUGUAGUCACUUCCUGAAAUGCGGUUAAUGAGCUUUUACUCACAGUCCAAACACAUCUAUACGUGUACUAAUGUUUUUGUGCACAUACACUGAUGUGGGGGGGCCCCUCACAUUUACCAUACUUGAUGAAAACCACAUCAGUGUCGUAACACACCACACCUGGACUGCUGCAUGAGUGUAGUUUGAUAUAUUGCACAACCAUGCAUGUGAGUUGGCCUCAGGCCAGUGGCAGAGGAUUAUGGGACCAAAAUUUUAAUUGACAUCACAGAAUGCAUGCAGGGCAUAAGGGACAUUUUAAGUGCGUGUGCACCAAGUGCAGUAGAAAGCGCACUUCUCAGUGAAGUGGCACAAACCGUCAUCCCCAGAUGACAUAUGGGCACCACUUCAGUCAGGAAAGGGCUUGUUUUAUGGUACUUGGCAGAGCAGUCGUUUCCAGUGUAGCAGGUAACAGUUCUGAUUCCUAACCAUUAGAUCCAUGCUGAGCCAAAAUAAGAGGAACAGAGAGGUGAUUGUACGUUGUUCUUGUGAGCUCUGUGUGUGAAUGAGUCAGAGAAGCAGUAGACUAAGAUCCUGUGAUAUCCUUUGUGUGAUCUUGUGUGACUAAAAAACUUGUGAAAACAUGCAUUUAGUACGCAUAGGAGUAAUGUACAGAUGCAAUAAGUGUACAUGCGUCUGUACAUGUGAGCUAUGUUUCCUAAUGAGAGACAGGGAAGUGAUAUAACAUGGAACUCUUACAAGGAAAGCAGGUACUAUGUGUAGCACACCACUCCAGCUUCUUGGAUUGCUGUUUUAUUAAAAGACGAAACAAGCUUAGUGAGGGGAAAAACAACAGCUGGGUAAUGUAGGCGUAGCUGGGAGUAUCAGCACACACAUACAAAUUUCACACCGAUUUCUCUCUCUCGCUUACACACCCACCCACACGGGUACACACACAUAUUUAGUUACAGCCUUAUAUCAAUACAUGCCCAUACACAUACAUUUCUCUAUCACACACAUACACCUGUUUCAUACACACCUGUAACAUAUUUCUCUAUCUCUAUCUCUCUCUCUCUCACACACACACACACACACACACAAGUGACCUCAGUGAACCCAAGGUUUCAAAACUCCAGUCUUUGUAUGUUUUACGAUAUUAAAUCUUUCCAGUUAACAAGAUAUGCUAAAUUAAGGGUAGGCUAUAACUAUCACUAACGAUAAACUGCUAAUUGUCUAAUUUUGCUUUAGUAGUUCUAAAUAUUUAGUUUUACUUUAGGUAAUUAGAACAAGAGCAUUCUGUUAUUAAAAUAAAAUUACGAAAUACGUUAGUGCUUCGAAAAAUGGACCCGGACGUUGCGUUAUCAUUUUCCUCCCGUAUGAAAUCUGCAAUUAAAUUCAAGGCUUGUCUGUAAUCUUUGUGUCAUUAUUCUGCAGAUCAGGAUGGGUUCUCUCUACGCAUAGUGUGAACAAAGGCUUUACGGUGGAAAUUAUGAUGCGAAUACAAUCCUGUAUUCCAUGCAUACGACUCUGGGCUGGGUCAUUGUCCAUGAGAUCUUGGCUUGGCUUGGAGCCAGGCUGUUUUCGACAGAUGAUUGGCUGCUGAGUAUUAGCUUUGGCGAUGUGGUAUUAAAAUAGUCGAUCCUGAUUGGGCUUAGAGUGAAAAGCCGUUGUGGGCUGAUGCGUUUUCUCAUUAAUAUUUAUGAAGCCUUUGCACUAGACGAGCUCUUGGCUAAUAUUGAAGGACUGCCUUUGGAAAAACCUGUUAUGUGACUGCAAUUACCGUUACUUUUCGGUAAACAUUGUUGGACACCGACGACACGGAAUAACGCUGAAGAACUAUACAAUCCGACUUCUCUUCAGACUCCGAGGAAGUGGCACCGGCUAACGGUCAGUGUAAUCUGGUUACAGCCCAAGUUGCGAAGAAACGGUUGAGUGACAGCUGGAGGGAACGCCCUUUCUUUAAUGUCACCUGCGCCGUAGACCGCAUCCAGCCACACGAUAUAAAGGCAGCGGAGGUCUGGCCGACAGUUGGAUUCGCUUUAAGAAGUUAAAACUUCCUUUUUUGGUAGCUUUUUGUAGCUAUAUGCCUCUCUCUGUUCUGCUAACUGUAGUAUUUGACAUCUGGGAAUAUAGCUACGCUUCAGAAUUAAAGCGGAUAACGCAAUUGCAUUUGACGUUAUCCUCUUAGCUAGCUAAUUACGCGGGGGCUUGCGUCCAGCCAAGUUAGUCAGAACUAUUUUACCGGCUUCUGUGUUUGCGAGGGACGUUUUCUUUCCCCAAACCUGCCAAGAUGAUGCAGAUCUGCGACUCGUACAACCAAAAGAACUCCCUGUUCAACGCGAUGAACCGCUUCAUUGGCGCCGUGAAUAACAUGGACCAAACGGUGAUGGUGCCCAGUCUGCUGAGAGACGUCCCAAUAGACGAGGCGAAGGAGGUGAAUCCCGUGCGGACCGCCGGCAACAGCUCCAGCGCUUAUUUCCACAACGGAGACAUGUACGGUUAUUACGUCCUCCUCAAAUCCAUUAGGAACGAUAUCGAGUGGGGUGUGCUUCAAGCCGACGAGCGACGGAAAGAUAAGCUCGGGGUGACCGCCCUGGAAAUUUCCCGCAUUGAGCCGGACGACGAAGACCUGGAGAAGUUGUUUCACUUCCAUUUGAAUGGAUUACAUACUGUUCUGGCCAAGCUCACCCGCAAGGCGAACACCCUUACAAACAGGUACAAGCAGGAAAUCGGUAUAGGGAGCUGCGGGCAUUAAACCGGCGGUGGGGAGCUCCCCUCACCGCCGGUGUUCCCUGGUGGACAAGUGAAAAGUUCAUCGUAACCGAUAAGGUGCAGCGGUUUCAGCCGUCUGGUCUGUUCUGGUGCUCUAUCUUAUCCUUAUCAAAAAACAAACAAACAAAAAAAACCACAAAACGAGUACUUCAUGUUUAUGCACUAUUGUCCCUAGCUAAAAAAAAAUACUAUUCUUUUUUUGUUGUUAGCACUUUGUGUAACUUGGACACUGUAACCUACUUUUGUCUUGGGUUGAAGCACGUGUUUGCAAGUUAUUUUAAAAGAUGCAGUGGACGCACAAAGGGGUUUUUGAGGUUUAAUCUCCAACCAAAAAACUGGCUUCUGUCAGUUAUGUGCGACAUACUACUGCUGUGUACUAAUAAUGUAACAUGACGACUUAAAUGCCAGUGACUAGUCUACAGUAGGUGUAGUCAAUGAAAUGGAAUCGCAUGAUAAUUCUGUUCUAUAGAAUAUUGACGGGUUCCAUGAGAUUAUGUUUAACUGUUAUGAACAAUUUAAUAAUGUCACGAUAAUAUGUGCAAGUCUUGUCAUGUCUUUUGUUUUCUAUCACUAAGCGAUACAGAAAAUAAAUUUUUUAAAAUCCUAUCA